CAGAAUUGUAAGAUCCGCCCAGGAACCCCAAAGGUGCCAGCCAGCACUUUGGAUUCGAAGGAUAGAGAGAGAGAGAGAAACAAAAAUAUAAACUUAGAGAGAGAAAGAGAAAAAUAAUAAGAAAAUUUGAAAACUUUGAGGUAUUUGAUUAGAAAAGGGGACAUGGAGAUUAUCGUCUUCCGAUGAUACCUUCAAGCACACAAAUUUUCAUGUUUGGAUUUGGUGUCACAGUUUGAUUCUCAAAUUGCUGUGAUCCCAACAACAACAUCAACAAAAACAAACAUCUCUCUCUCUCUCUCUCUCUCUCUCUCUCUCUCUGCAUUUUCCCUUUUCACUGCAAAAGGAUGCUGAUUUAAGGAACCCCAGAAGGAAAUCUCAAAUUUUUAAGAGGAUUCUGAUUUUGGGUUGAAGCUUGAAUUGCGUUUUAUGGGUUUUGUGAAGGUGAGAGACCAGUUUUGGUGACACGCGAGGUGGUGCUGCCAUGAUUGGGAAUAGAAAUCUACCAAUGGAGACUUCUCCUUCUGGCAGUGCGGCCCAAAAUAUGAACCCAAGGAGGCUUUAUCAAGUUUGGAGGGGAAGCAACAAGUUUCUCUGUGGUGGGAGGUUGGUUUUUGGUCCUGAUGCAGCUUCCCUGUUUCUUACAACAUCCCUAAUUGCUGGACCUGCAAUUGCAUUUUGUGCAAAGAUAUAUCUUAAAAUCAAGAAUGGGAAAACCGGCGAUGAUGCUCUUUGGUAUCCUGUAUUGAUUGUGGGUUCAAUUCUCACUGUUUUGGAUUUAAUAUUCCUCCUCAUGACUUCCGGGAGAGAUCCUGGAAUUGUCCCUAGAAAUUCAAGACCUCCUGAAUUUGAUGAGUCACUUGAUAUACCUACUCCUUCCAUGGAGUGGAUUAAUGGUACAACCCCUCAUCUGAAACUACCUCGAACUAAAGAUGUAAUUGUUAAUGGUCACACAGUGAAAGUGAAGUUCUGCGAUACAUGCUUGCUUUAUCGUCCUCCUCGUACUUCUCAUUGUUCUAUAUGCAACAACUGUGUCCAGAGAUUUGAUCAUCACUGUCCCUGGGUUGGCCAGUGCAUCGGAAUACGAAACUAUCGGUGGUUCUUCAUGUUUAUUUCAACAUCAACCAUUUUGUGCAUAUAUAUCUUCGUGUUCUCUUGUAUCAAUCUUACUCAGAAUAAUGCUUGGAAGUCAAUAUCACAUGAUUAUGUCUCAGAUUUUCUCACAGUAUACUGCUUCAUAGCUGUCUGGUUUGUUGGUGGCCUUACAGCUUUCCAUUUCUAUCUCAUUUGUACAAACCAGACAACAUAUGAGAACUUUCGGUACCAAUAUGAUAAGAAGGGGAACCCAUACAAUAGGGGAUCACUGAGAAAUAUUAGAGAAACACUUUGUUCCAGUAUUCCCAUUUCAAAGAAUAAUUUUCGAUCACUUGUGCUGGAGGAUGAACAUAUGAUGGCCGAGUCUUUGACACCAAAUAUUAUGCAAGGAAUUUUGAGUCCAAAGGAGAAAAUUGACAUUGAAAUGGGAUCUAUGCAUGCAGAAGAUGAUGGUAUUCCAAUUCCUGAACUUCUGCGGAAUUUUGAUUUUGAUAAUUUUGAAGAUGACUUGAGGUUUGCAGAUGAGGAAGGACAACCUUCUUUUGAUCCAUUCUAUAGUGUUGAGGAAGACAUAAAGGACUCAGCCAGAACCUCAGUUGCUACAGUUUUAAAUUUCCAAAUCAGCACAACUGAAGAUGGAAUUGAAGAGUCUGUGCAUAGCUCUCAUGCUGGGGUUGGAGUCAGAGAAUCUGCCCAAAGGCCAAUUACUGCAGAUGGAACAAAUGCAUUUAAAGAACCUGACGAUAGGAAUAACUCAUGUUAAGCCACAAUGGCAGCAUUUAAUUUCUAUUGGAUGAGGUUUGCUGCAGGUCCUCUCUUGAAGUAGGACACAGAGGAUAGUUUUCUUCCAUAAUUGCAGCAAUUAAUGGUUUGUCAGAAUUUCCAAUAUUCAGGACUCAAUGCAAGUUGAUUGAUGCUAUUCAUGAUGGAAAUGGGGAGAAUGACCUUGCACCUUCUCUCUCAUUUUAGUAUAUAAUUAUGGCGUUUGUUGUAAAUUGUAAAAUGGCACUUGCAUUAAAGAAUAAUGCAGAAAGAUUGUCUGGCUAAGUUUAUGUUAGGUAUUGUUCUAGGUGUGCCUAUUUCUUCCAUUUGUUAAGAUUUAGAUUGGAUUGUUUUUUAUUUGCCUGUAGAAAUUUAGAAUUUGUGUAAGUAGUGCAUUGAUUUCUCUUUGUAAAAUGCAAUGUAUGUUUCCACUC